AUAUCAUUCUGGCCAACAUGGAAGCUCAGAACUCUGUAGCCUGAUGAACACGUCAGCCUGUGAUGGUCCCAAAGAUAAAAAUGGUUGCCUUCCUUUAGGCGGCAUACCUAAGAGACGCCAUGACGAUACUGUCAUAACAUGGCUUCAAUGAUUCAAGGUACCUAUUCAUCUCACUUAUCAAAAUACAAUCAAAAGGCGAAACAAAACGGAUUUUGGAUUUAACAUGUGUCUGAUUCUAUUCAGUCAACCCAGGAGCGGUUCAUUUGAUUUGUCAAUCCUAUUUUGUCGGUGCUUUACAGGUUUCAUUGCAGUACUUCAAGGACACUUGUACUAUUAGACCGACCCCUGUUUAUACAAUCAGUUCCCGCCUUUUGAUGUCAAUCUUCAGGCGGCGAUAAAAACCUGAUCAGCCAUGCCUCGAUUCUAAUUUGCUACUUUGAAAAGAAAAAGGAGUUAUCUCGAAGCCCUAACAGGGCAUAGGAGAGGGAAUGAAAUACAGAAGUAGUGGAAGAGCUACAACCACAAGAUGUCCGUCUUUUGGACGAUAUCCAUUGUAAGCUGGUACAUAGGUAGCUCCUAAUGUGGCAGCUUGCUCGGGAACUGUCAGCAUGGUGGUAGACUUUGUAUUAGAGAAUGCAGCAGAGGAGCCGUCAGAACAUAAAAGUUUCUGGUCACCCCCUUGACGAAAAGCACACUGUAAGACAUCCUCGGGAUUUCACAUAGCCAGGCGCAGUCCAGGACUCGGGAGUAUCUCAUCAUUUGCGGUGACGAUACGAUUUGAACGUCAUCAGCUAAGGCUGCAGUGGUGUGGGGUGACACUGCGUCUUAAGUCGAGACGCUAACUGACGGAUGGGUGAGAUGUUCCAUGAGGUCUUUGAGUUGGCUGUCAAUAAGAGAAUACGUGCCUAUAUAAUUUAUUUUUUGGGG